GAGAGAGGGAGAGCUGGAGAAGAGGACGAGCAGAAGACAGAAAAACAAACAGCAGAAGAAGGAAAUGGCGCUAAAAUCAGCACAACUGUUUUAAUCAUCCGAGCGGAGCCGAUCCGGACCGAGCCGAGGAGGGGCCGAGUUCAGUCCGAGCUCACCUGGAUCCGGAUCCACUUGAGACCGAGUGAAGAUUUCCCAACUUUUCCUUCAAACAGGAAGUAGAUCAGGAGAAGGACCAGAGACCAUGGGCAGUAAGGAGCGCUACCAUUGGCAGGCCCAGAAUGUGAAGGUGAGCGGUGUGGAUGACAUGGUGCUGCUGUCCAAGAUCAGCGAGGACGCCAUCACGGAGAACCUGAAGAAGAGAUACAAUGACGACUACAUUUUUACCUACAUCGGUCCAGUUCUGAUCUCUGUGAAUCCGUUCAAACAGCUUCCUUAUUUCACCGAUAGAGAAGUGGAGCUGUACCAAGGAGCAGCCCAGUAUGAGAACCCCCCCCACAUCUAUGCACUGGCUGACACCAUGUACAGGAACAUGAUGAUUGACAGCGAGAACCAGUGUGUCAUCAUCAGUGGUGAGAGUGGAGCUGGAAAAACCGUCGCUGCCAAGUACAUCAUGAGCUACGUGUCCAAAGUGUCUGGAGGAGGAGACAAAGUCCAGCAUGUCAAAGACAUCAUCCUACAGUCCAACCCCCUGCUGGAGGCCUUCGGUAACGCCAAGACCGUCCGCAACAACAACUCCAGUAGAUUUGGUAAAUACUUUGAGAUCCAGUUCAGUCGAGGUGGAGCUCCAGAUGGCGGGAAAAUCUCUAACUUCCUGUUGGAGAAGAGUCGAGUCGUCUCCCAGAAUCCUGGAGAGAGAAACUUCCACAUCUACUACCAGCUGUUGGAGGCGGCAAGUAACGAGCAGAGGGAGAACCUCGGGGUCACGACCCCAGACUAUUACUUCUACCUGAACCAAUCAGGAACAUAUACGGUAGAGGAUGUCAACGACAAGAAGGAGUUUAGUGAUACCAUGGAGGCCAUGUCUGUCGUAGGUCUAACCAUGGAUGACCAGGACUCGGUUCUUCAGCUGGUUGCAGGGACCCUUCAUCUAGGAAACAUCAGUUUCAGAGAGGAGAACAACUACGCUGUGGUGGAGAGUCUGGACUUCCUGGCGUUCCCGGCCUUCCUGUUGGGGAUCCCUCAGGACUCCCUGUGCAGUAAACUGACCAGCAGGAUCAUGGACAGUAAGUGGGGCGGGAAGACCGAGUCCAUCUCUGUGACCCUGAACACCGAGCAGGCCUGUUUCACCAGAGACGCCCUGUCCAAGGCGCUGUACACACGACUCUUCGACUUCCUGGUUGAUUGUAUCAAUAAAGCCAUGCAGAAGGAGCACGAGGAUUUCAACAUCGGAGUCCUCGACAUCUACGGUUUUGAGAUCUUCCAGAGAAACGGCUUCGAGCAGUUCUGCAUCAACUUUGUCAACGAGAAGCUGCAGCAGAUCUUCAUUGAGCUCACGCUGAAGGCUGAACAGGAGGAGUAUGUCCAGGAGGGGAUCAAGUGGACGCCCAUUGAAUAUUUCAACAAUAAGGUGGUCUGUGACCUCAUCGAGUCCAAAGUGAAUCCUCCGGGGCUGAUGAGCAUCCUGGACGAUGUUUGCGCCACCAUGCACGCCAAAGGGGAGGGGGCGGACCAGACGCUGCUGCAGAAGCUGCAGGGACAAAUCGGAUCGCACGAACACUUCAGCAGCUGGAACAAAGGAUUCAUCAUCCACCAUUACGCCGGGAAGGUGUCGUAUGACGUUAACGGUUUCUGUGAGAGAAACAGAGACGUGUUGUUUAAUGACAUCAUCGAGCUGAUGCAGAGCAGCGAGUAUCCGUUCAUCAGGGCGCUGUUUCCAGAGAACCUGGAGGUGGAGAAGAGAGGACGCCCGAGCACUGCCAGCAGCAAGAUCAAGAAACAAGCUAACAGCCUGGUCCAGACUCUGAUGAAGUGCACGCCUCACUACAUCCGCUGCAUCAAACCCAACGAGACCAAACGGCCCCGAGACUGGGAGGAGAACCGGGUCAAACACCAGGUGGAGUACCUGGGUCUGCGAGAGAACAUCCGAGUCCGUCGGGCUGGAUACGCCUACAGACGAGUCUUCAACAAGUUCCUGCAGAGGUACGCCAUCCUGACCAAAGAGAGCUGGCCUCAGUGGAGGGGGGAGCAGCGUCAGGGAGUCCUGCACCUCCUGAACUCGGUCCACAUGGACCAGGACCAGUACCAGCUGGGGAAGAGCAAAGUCUUCAUCAAAGCCCCUGAGUCGCUCUUCCUGUUGGAGGAAAUGAGGGAGAGAAAGUAUAACGGGUACGCUCGUGUCAUCCAGAAGGCGUGGCGUAAACACAUCGCCGUCCGCAAAUACGUCAAGAUGAGGGAGGAAGCUUCUGAUGUCCUGCUGAAUAAGAAGGAGCGGCGUAAAAACAGCAUCAACAGGAACUUUGUGGGCGACUACAUCGGGAUGGACAACCACCCAGAGAUCAGACAGUUCGUGGGUCGGAGAGAGAGGAUCGACUUCGCUGACGUUGUGGUCAAAUAUGACAGAAGAUUCCGAACGGUGAAGCGUGACCUCGUCCUGACCCCAAAGUUCCUCUACCUGAUUGGUCGAGAGAAGGUGAAGCAGGGUCCAGAUAAAGGCCAGAUCCAGGAAGUCCUCAAGAGGAAGAUUGAACUCAACAAGAUCCAGUCUGUUUCCCUUAGCACCCUGCAGGACGACCUGUUCAUUGUCCAUGAGGAAGAGUACGACAGCGUGCUGCAGAGCAUCUUUAAAACCGAGUUCCUCAGCCUGCUGGUCAAACGUUACCACGAGAAAACAGACAGGAAGCUGCCGCUCAAAUUUAACAACCUUCUCGAGUUUAAGGUGAAGAAAGGCGGCUGGGGCCCCUUCAGCUCAGCAGGGUCCAGACAGAUCCAGUUUCAGACAGGUGAGGGGGACGAGGUGGUCCUGAAGCCCAGCGGUAAAGUCCUGCAGGUCUCUAUUGGACUGGGUCUGCCCAAAAACUCACGACCUACCAGGAAGGACAACCGCAAGAGCCGCAACAUGGGCAACCAGGCCCGGCCCACGAACCAGUACAGCUCAGGUCCUUCCUCCAGAGGUCGCAGUGCUCCAAGAGGCUCCACCUCCUCCAGAGGCUCCCUGCUGAGGCAGCAGUCCAGCAUGGAGCAGCCCAGUCUGCCCCGCAUCCAAAGCCAGCGUCACCAUGACAACAGGCCCCAACAACAGCAAGACAUGGGCUUCAUGGACGUCCCCGAGCAGGGCGCUGCAGGGAUGCACCGACGGCGGUCGAAGGAGGUGAAGCCUGUUCCAGGAGCCGGUCGACCGAAACCGGCCCCUCGACCCAAACCUCGGUCUCCUCAGUGCAGAGCUCUGUACGCCUACGACGCCCAGGACACUGACGAGCUCAGCUUCAACACCGAUGAUGUCAUCGAGAUACUCACUGAAGAUCCCUCUGGUUGGUGGUUCGGGCGAUUGCGGGGCAGAGAGGGGAUGUUUCCUGGAAACUAUGUGGAGAAGAUCUAGAUGUCAUCCUUCUUGCCACUGGGGGGUGCUGUAGUUCACCUGAUACAUGAACAGAGGUGUUGAUCUCAUACCUGCUGCAUGCAUACCUCCACAGAAAUCAAAUAUUUGAUAUUUAUGGUUCAGAUUGGGGAGGCUUUGACCUGACGAGGAGCAGUAGAAUAACCAUCUCCCCAGUCACGUUGGAGAGGCCUUCAGUCGUCUAGUGUGUAGCCAGCCUUAGACAGCAGGGUGAUCCAGGUUACAGCAGUGUUACUAAACCAGAAUAUCAGUGUACUUUCCCCCACAGCGCCCCCCACAGGCCACAGUGUUUAUUAUGAAAGUGUCAACAGAACAAAUGAAAUACUGAAUGAGAAAGUCUUAAAAAAUCUUUUAACAUAAUGAAAAGGUUUAAUUCUGCACGUUUAAGAUCUCUGACCUCUUGAUAAAAUAAAUGAUAAUAAAGUUUAUUAAAAAAUACAG